AUGGAGGAUCUUCAGCGGAACCAGACAACAGCGCAGCAAGCAGAGAGUCUAGAGGACUGGGAGGUCAAUGCGCUACGUGACCACGAACUGCAUUCCUCCAAGUAUUUUCGGCUGCUCGAAUCACGCCGAAAGCUUCCCGUCUCCCUGAGACGCCAAGAGUUCCUGGACACGUAUCAUAAUUCACAAAUAAUCUUGGUGUCUGGCGAAACCGGGUCCGGAAAGACAACACAAAUACCACAGUUCAUUCUCUUCGACGAAUGGGCGAGCGGUAAAAAAGUAGCAUGCACACAGCCUCGCAGACUUGCUACAACAGCUGUGGCUACUCGCACAGCCGCGGAGCUCGAUGUACCUCUCGGGGAGGAAGUGGGAUACAGCGUCCGCUUCGAGAGGAAAUCGAGCAAAUUGACACGAUUAAAAUAUAUGACUGAUGGGCUUCUUCUGAGUGAGGCCUCGAAGGACCGCGAUUUUUCAGCAUAUAGCUGCGUUAUACUCGACGAAGCCCACGAAAGAACCUUGAACACGGAUCUCCUGAUGGCUCUGCUAAAAAUGGCAACUUCGCGUCGGUCAUGCUUAAAAGUCGUCAUCAUGUCCGCUACUCUCAAUAUAGAGAAGAUCCAAAGCUACUUUCCCGGAGCCGCCACUUUCGAAAUACCUGGAAAAGUCCACCCAGUCGAAAUCCACUAUCUCUCAGAUUCGACACCUCGGUAUUGCUAUUGCGCAAUCAGUGUGGUCCAGCACAUCCACCAAAAUAUGGACGAGGGGGAUAUCAUGCUGUUCUUACCUACCUCAGGCGAUAUUGAGAUGGUCUGCUCCAUACUUCGGAAGAAGUAUAAAAAUCUUACAGUUCUGCCUCUGUACUCUGCCCUCUCGCGAGCAAAACAACAGGAAAUAUUCGAUGACUCGGAAUAUCGAAAAUGCAUUGUUGCCACAAAUGUCGCAGAGACCAGCAUCACAAUUGAUGGGAUCGUUUAUGUUGUCGAUUCAGGUCUGGAAAUUCGUCCCGUCUACAACCCGCGCCUCAGGAUGUCGAGUGUACUUACCUGCCCCAUAUCCAAGGCAUCUGCCAAACAGAGAGCAGGUCGUGCUGGCCGGACCCAACCUGGAAUAUGCUUCCGUUUGUACACUGAGGAAACUCACAAUACGUGUUUCAUUCCUUCUGCUCCUCCUGGUAUUCUGGAAGGCGAGCUCGCGUCCCAAAUCCUUCUGCUAAAGGUAAUGGGCUUCCAAUCAGUCGGAACGUUCGACUUCAUUGAUCCGCCUCACCCCGAGGUCUAUCUCUGCGGUUUGCAAGAUCUUUGCGCAAUGGGAUACAUUGAUGACGAAGGCACCAUCACUUCUAAAGGGCGAAUCGCAGCACGACUACCAGUCCACCCCAAAUGGCUCAAUGCCUUUAUGGAAGGACAGAAGAACGGUUGCCUCCGGGAAAUGAUUGACCUAGCGGCCAUUUCAAGUACUCAACACCCUAUAUUCUCUCGUCCCCCUCCAGCGCGAUUCGCAGCCGACAUCGCCCACCGGAGGUUUGCGUGUCCGUUGUCAGACCAUAUGAGCCAACUAAAUGCUCUACACGCCUACGAGUCUGCAAUGAAGACUGAUAAACGAUUAUCGAUUAGCCAGUGGUGCUUCGACUCUUUUCUCAACCGUCGUGCCCUGGGUGAGGUCGUCAGAAUCAGAGACCAAUUGCUCGCUUCAUUGCAGCAAGAGUUGGCCUAUACGAAAGAAAUUUGCGGGUUCGAAGAUGCGGAAUAUGAUGCUCAUAUUCGGAAGACCCUCGCCCGGAGUUUCUUCUACCAGUGCGCUCUCAAACAUCCGCAUUCGCAUGCCACCAUCUACAAGACGGUCCAUGAGGGCCACACCGCGGGCAUCCACCCAGAGAGUGUACUUUCUCGUGAGAAGCAGGAGUGGAUAGUGUACAGCGAGUUUGUCUCCAGCGGCAUUCCAUACCUGCAGACCGUAACAGCUGUGGACCCAGCCUGGUUGAUUGACCUGGAUUUCUUUCAGGACGAUAGCCUACCCAAGACGGCAGACGGAGGUUUCAAACAGCCCCUUGUCAAGAAGUCGUUGGACAAGGCUCGGAAAAAGAAAGAUGAGGAGGAAGAUCUGAUAUCCUUUGAAGAACUCGAAUUGAAAGCCACCCCUCUUGUCAAGAAGUCGUUGGACACUGUUUGGAAAAAGAGUGACGAUGUGGAGGAAGAUCUAAUGUCAUUUGAAGAACUGGAUUUGAAGGUCAUCUAG